AUGGCCACAGCGACCUCGUGCCAGUCGUUAAUAUGCGGGUUGGGAAUCCUCGCGUGCUCGUGCUCCUUCGUCGUUGGCGUGCUGAUCGCCGCGAGGGAACCUCCGGAGAAGCUCAAGAUCGACAAAUACGUCCCUGACGUCGAAUCCCCGUAUCGGCCAUUCUUCAAGCCGCCGUCUCUCCUCCACACAUCCAACAACCCCUCUUCCAGCACCAAGUCUCUCAGCCUCUUCGGCAGCUUAAAGCCCACCGAGGUCUUUGCAGAGACACAGCCUCCAGAGCUUCAACACAUGGGGGAGGAAAAGAAGGAGAAGAUUCCGAGAAGCUGGCUGGGACGGGCAGGGGAGGGCCGGGCCCGGGGGAUUGGGCGAGGAGAGAAGGGAGGGAGGGGAGGUAGAACUAUCCGGAGUGACAGUGGCGGCUCCUUUCACAGUGAUCGCCUCACAGGACAUUCCCAAGGGCAUUCCCAAGGGCAUUCUCAAGGGUAUCCCCAGGAGUAUUAUCAGGGGUAUCCGCAAGGAAAUGUUAACGGGUAUUCACGAGGGGGUGACCCCGGGCAGGGUGUGUAUUCACGGCCUGAGACGCCCUCACGGCCUUCCACACCUUCGCACCCAUCUUCACCGCACUCAUCGUUCCCCGCACACCCUUCCCAUCCCUCACACCUCAGAUCCGACCCAUACCAACAGGGAGGCCCGUCUGUUCCCUCCCAUCUGAAUUCCCCUCGCACUCCCUCUUACCCCUCCCAACCGUCUCACCCCUCUCACCCUCCUCACUCCUAUCCUUCCUAUGCACCCCACCCUUCCAACCCAUCUCACCUGCAGUCCAAUCCCCCUUCCCCAUGGGGUCCUUAUUCCCCCCACCCUGUAUCCCCAUCCAUGCAUCCUUCUGCCUACAUGCCCCGGAAUCACCAUCACCACCCAUCCACGCCCUCCCACCCCUCCUCCAUGCCGCAUUACCCCUCCCACAUGCCCCAUCCCUCGCAACAACCGCCUUACCAUCCACAACACCAUCAAUCAUAUCAACCACCUUGGUACCCUCACCAUUCAUCAUACCCUAGACCACCCAACUACCAGGGUUAUCCGAACCAUCCCAGUGCUGUAGCAGCAGGGGGAGGGGGUGCUUCUCCCUAUGCCAGUCACCCGGGAACCCCCAGGACUCCAGGUUGA